CCGACCCAACCAGCCAGAUCCUCGAGUCUACCGCCACAACCGUGACAUGCACCUCUGCCGGUAGCAAGAGGCGCCAUGGUGUCCUUCUGGCCGUUCAGAAGCGACGAAACUUCGGCGGCUUCAUUUGAGAAGACUCUCAGCCAGCUCUCGCAGAAGAUCAACCAGGCUAGUAGUCGGAAUGACAACUUGCGACAGAGACAGCGCCGCUACAAAGUCCUCUGGACCCUCUACACCUCCUUUGCCUACAUCCUCGUCGCCCUCAUCCUGACCCUCGUCACCGGCUGGCAGACAUGGGGUUCGGCCGAGUACAGCGCAAUGGCCGGAGGGCCGGUGGUCAUCUUCGCCGUCCGCACGGCAAUGGAUGCAUACUUCAAUUACCGCAUUGCCAACGCCCAAAACCAGCUCAACUCGCUGGUCAAACAGCGUGAAGCCACCAUCCAAAAAUUAAAGACCGCGACCAAGUACGAUAGCACGCAGCAGCUGCUGGACAAGUAUGGUGGGACGCCGCAGAAGAGGAAGCCGUCUCCGCAGCCAUCGAAGCGGAAGUCGGGGGGUGGUGGCCCCUCCAAUCAGAGCACACCACAAGGCAGGACGGGCUUCGUCCCUCCGCCCACUGCAAACAUACCUGGCCGGACGCCGCCUCGCCCGGCAACUCCGCAAAGUGCUCCACGCCUGGGGCCACCUCAGCCUUUCCCAGGUGGGGCUGCCGGCCCCAGCGAGGAGUUUGCGCCCAAUGCCUUCACGGCACCACCACCCCCAGGAUUGCAGCCCGCUGCGACUGAAUACGCCACCGCCGGUCCGAAAUGGUACGAUCGCAUCCUCGAUGUCGUGCUGGGAGAGGAUGAGUCUCAGGCGAAGAACCGCGUCGUGCUUAUCUGCAAGCACUGCAGACUCGUCAACGGACAGGCGCCGCCAGGAACUCGGUCGCUCGAAGAAGUUGGCAAGUGGAGGUGCAGCGCUUGCCAUGCGUGGAAUGGAGUCGAGAGUGAAGAGAGGAAGAUCCUGAAAGGAAUCUCCGGGACUUCGGCCUCCCCUCCAUCCCCAGAUGCAUUCCUUCCCUCGCCAACAGAUGCGUCUACGAAAGAGAUUGAGCUCAGCGACUACGAGGAUGUGGACGAGCACUUUCCGGAGGACGAGGAAAGAGCAGAAGCAGAGGCUGCAGAUAAACCCCCCGCCAGCUCAUCACGCAGUAAAAGCGCGGGAACGAAAUGAAGCAUAGUGUAGAGCCGUGAACAAC